GUGGGGGAGCGGCGGGCCGGCCGCAGCCCAGAGCCGGGAGGGCCGCGGCCACCGGAAGAGUCGCCGCCACCAGUCCGGCCGGGAGCGUGCGGAGCGGAAGCGGCGGCCGGCGGCGCUGGGACCCGGGAGCGGCCGGAGAACAAGGGAGCGGGCGGCGCGGCGGGCGCGGGGCUGGGCUGAGCCGCGGACCGCGCCGAGCGCCGCCGCCGCCGCCGCCGCCGCCGCCGCCGCCCGAGAGGCCCGGCCCGGCCGCCGCCGCCGGAGCAGGCCGCGCGCGGGCCGCCGGGCCCGAGGCCGGCGCCAUGGGCGAGACCAAGAUCAUCUACCACCUGGACGGGCAGGAGACGCCGUACCUGGUGAAGCUGCCCCUGCCCGCCGAGCGCGUCACCCUGGCGGACUUUAAGGGCGUCCUGCAGCGGCCCAGCUACAAGUUCUUCUUCAAGUCCAUGGACGACGAUUUCGGAGUGGUGAAGGAGGAGAUCUCAGAUGACAAUGCCAAGUUGCCCUGCUUCAAUGGCCGGGUGGUGUCCUGGCUGGUGUCAGCUGAAGGCUCGCACCCAGAGCCAGCUCCCUUCUGCGCUGAUAACCCAUCGGAGCUGCCGCCUCCCAUGGAGCGCACAGGAGGCAUCGGGGACUCCCGGCCGCCGUCCUUCCACCCUCAUGCUGGUGGGGGCAGCCAGGAGAACCUGGACAACGACACAGAGACGGACUCCUUGGUGUCUGCCCAGCGGGAGCGGCCUCGCAGGAGGGACGGCCCAGAGCACACAACCCGGCUAAACGGAACUGCAAAAGGGGAGCGGCGGCGAGAGCCGGGGGGUUAUGACAGCUCGACCACCCUCAUGAGCAGCGAGUUGGAGACCACCAGCUUCUUUGAUUCCGAGGAGGAUGACUCCACCAGCAGGUUCAGCAGCUCCACAGAGCAGAGCAGUGCCUCACGCCUGAUGAGAAGACACAAGCGGCGGCGGCGGAAGCAGAAGGUUUCCCGGAUUGAGCGGUCCUCAUCCUUCAGCAGCAUCACGGACUCCACUAUGUCCCUCAACAUCAUCACGGUCACUCUCAACAUGGAAAAGUAUAACUUCUUGGGCAUCUCCAUUGUGGGCCAAAGCAACGAGCGCGGUGACGGAGGCAUCUACAUCGGCUCCAUCAUGAAGGGCGGGGCCGUGGCUGCUGAUGGACGCAUCGAGCCCGGAGAUAUGCUGUUACAGGUAAACGAGAUCAACUUUGAGAACAUGAGUAAUGACGACGCAGUCCGGGUACUGCGGGAGAUUGUGCACAAACCAGGGCCCAUCACCCUGACUGUAGCCAAGUGCUGGGACCCAAGUCCACGUGGCUGCUUCACAUUGCCCAGGAGCGAGCCCAUCCGGCCCAUUGACCCUGCGGCCUGGGUCUCCCACACUGCAGCCAUGACUGGCACCUUCCCUGCCUACGGCAUGAGCCCCUCCCUGAGCACCAUCACCUCCACCAGCUCCUCCAUCACCAGCUCCAUCCCUGACACAGAGCGCCUAGACGACUUUCACCUGUCCAUCCACAGCGACAUGGCUGCUAUUGUGAAAGCCAUGGCCUCCCCUGAAUCCGGGCUGGAGGUCCGCGACCGCAUGUGGCUCAAGAUCACCAUCCCCAACGCUUUCAUCGGCUCGGAUGUGGUGGACUGGCUGUACCACAACGUGGAAGGCUUCACUGACCGGCGAGAAGCCCGCAAGUAUGCAAGCAACCUGCUGAAAGCUGGCUUCAUCCGCCACACGGUCAACAAGAUCACCUUCUCCGAGCAGUGCUACUACAUCUUCGGCGACCUCUGCGGCAACAUGGCCAACCUGACCCUCCACGACCACGACGGCUCCAGCGGUGCCUCCGACCAGGACACACUGGCCCCUUUGCCGCACCCGGGGGCCGCCCCUUGGCCCAUGGCGUUCCCCUACCAGUACCCGCCGCCCCCGCACCCCUACAACCCGCACCCAGGCUUCCCGGAGCUGGGGUACAGCUACGGCGGGGGCAGUGCCAGCAGCCAGCACAGUGAAGGCAGCCGGAGCAGUGGCUCCAACCGCAGCGGCAGCGACCGGCGGAAGGAGAAAGACCCGAAGGCGGGAGACUCCAAGUCGGGCGGCAGCGGCAGCGAGUCGGACCACACAACCCGCAGCAGCAGCCUGCGGGGGCCCCGGGAGCGGGCGCCCAGCGAGCGCUCGGGGCCCGCCGCCAGCGAGCACAGCCACCGCAGCCACCACUCGCUAGCCAGCAGCCUGCGCAGCCACCACACGCACCCGAGCUACGGCCCCCCCGGGGUGCCCCCUCUCUACGGCCCCCCCAUGCUGAUGAUGCCCCCGCCGCCCGCGGCCAUGGGACCCCCAGGAGCCCCCCCAGGCCGCGACCUGGCCUCGGUGCCCCCCGAACUGACUGCCAGCAGACAGUCCUUCCGCAUGGCCAUGGGAAACCCCACCAAGAAUUUCGGGCUGUUUGACUUUCUGUGAACCCCCAGCAAGGGGAGGCCCAGCCUCCGAGGAAACCAGGAACCCUGCUUCAACAGCCCCUCAGGGCUUCCCCAGGAUACCCAGCCCCCACACCCACACUUCAGCACGGCACGAGGCUUCUGGGGAGGGCUCCAGCCCUUGGUCCAUAUAAUAUGAGACUGUUCACCUUUCCAGAGAGUGUGCGUGCUCUCUCCCUUUCACACACAUGCACACACACAGGUGCCUAUGCAAGGCCACUUAAGCCUCAGGGUUGGUCCCUGUCCAGAGGGCUGGCCUCUCUCCAAAUUUUCUCCCAGGUUGUGGGGCUGGUCCCCUGACUUACCUCUAUCCUUCCUCCCCUUCCUCAUAGCCCUCAAGCCUCCCCCACAUGUCCCUAUCAUCAUCCUACCAGGAUAAAGCCCAUAUGUGGGGCUCAUCAGAGGACUCCCCAGACAAAAAAAAAAAAAAACAGGCUGUUUCGCCUUGCCCCCUGCAUUGCACACUUUUUCCUGUUUUCACACCACCAUGAUACCCCAGAGCAUGACUGGGCAGGGAGGCUUCUGGGAGUGCCAGGUUUGUACUGUUAACCUAUUUUUUACUUUAAACAAAUUAUGACUUUAAGCCUCUUCUAUAAAUUCUUUUGGCUCACCUGGGCUCCCAUAUUUUCAGAACUGGGGUGUCAAGAGAUGAAGUACUAAAUACCAGGCUUUGGGGCAAACCAGGGAAGGGGCAUUUGGCAUUCAUUUAAAUACUUCCUGGUUUGUUUUUUGUGAGUGAGGGCUACGUUAGAAAUUUGACUCUUAACAGUUCUGGUUUGCUCCCAACACAGACCAUAGUUUCCUUUAGCCACCUGGGAGGAGGACUGGCUCCUAUACUUUUUUCUGACUCUGCCAUGUCCAACUUUCUUGAGGUUUCUUCCACUGUUGCUCAUACCUUCAUUGUUGGUGCUCCUUGUUUUCUGUCUUCAAUCCAUUUCUCUUUCCUAUUUACUCCCCAUUGGUAUCAUCCAUCAGGAGGUCCUUACCUGCCUUGGAUAUGCUGGGGAUUUUCAAAUAUAUCUCUCCAUUCCCAAUUUCCCCC